AGGGCAAGGCAUCAACUCCAACAUGAAGCUCUUGGUCUUAGCACUGGUGGCUGCUGCGUCUGCUGCCCCUCAGGGGUACAACUUGGGCACGCCCUCUGGCCCUUCCUUUAACUCUGGCAGUUGUGGCAGUGGGCAAGUGCGGCAUGUGGAUGGAAGAUGCGUUACGCCUCAGGUGAACAGCCGUGUGUUCCUGUAUGAUGUGCCAGCGAACGAAGGUGUUGUCAAUCGGCCAGACUACAUUCCAGAGCCUAAAUUGGAACGUAAUAUAAUUUUCGUGAGACUACCUGACGGUGCACAGGGACCAGAACCCAUCGUCGUACCACCGCCACAACAGCAACACGUCGUGUAUGUCCUGAACAAGCAGUCUGAACAGGACCAGCGAGUGAUCGAGGUUCCAGCACCGCCACAAUCCAAUCCCGAAGUGUUCUUCGUGAACUACGCAGACGGAGAGAACCCGACUCUUCCCAGCGGAGUCGACCUCCAGACGGCGCUGAGUUCAGCUUCCCAGGGCGGCGGCCAAGUUGUU